GUUCGGUGGCGCGAGAGUUAUUGGCUGCUUUAGUGCACACAAUGUUGCCAGUUUAACAUUGGCGCGGAUGCUGCGCGCUAUGAGAAUUUAUUGCGUUGCGACAAACGAGUAGAAUGCUAAGUUUCCAGCGCAAACAGACACUUACACGUGUACUCAAAUGCAUUAGAGGAAGUGCAAACGUCGUUCCGUUGUCGACCGGUAGUGCAGCGCCACUGUAACGCUUACGGUUUACUGCAUUUUUGUUAAGCCCAAAAGCGGAAACUCACUUGGUAUUGAGCAGUCUAAAUAUACCGUGAGUUAGCGCGUCGGUUGCGCUUUGUCUUCCCAUGUUCGCCACUACAACAACCGCACUGUGUGACGUAACGAAAUGUUUGAAUAAUUGCUGCCUCCUCUGCCGACGCGAACUCCCAGUAGAACCCCUUCUGACACCUGCUGCAACCCGAGCGCAGCGCGCCUAAAGAAAGCAAUUAAAAAAUCGCUCACCGAUAGUGACGAUAAUAAAAAUGUUAUAAAGCGUAUAUGGCGAGCAUGGGCGAACGGAAAAAGCUCCACAAUUGACUCCGUCGGAAAAGCGUAGCGCGAGAGCAACGCGGAGUACGAGUAACUAAAGUACUGAGGUAAUCGAAACGCUUAGUAAGCGGUUGAAAGGCGCGUUGAGCGGCAGCGUAAAAUACUUACCGACAGUCAAGUGUUUAGCACUUCAGUAUUAAGCGAAAAUAACAGGUGCCGGCGGUGUCGGGGUGAGGCGCAUGUGUGUAACUAGAUAGCAAAAAGUACAUAUAUUUUAAGUAAAUUAGCGCGUUAUUCGCUCGUGCGUUUUGCUGUCCAGUGACUACGUGCCAAUGUGGCCUUGAAAAGGGCAAACGAACAGCUGAAACUCCAACGUAUUUACAAAUAAAACAGCAAAACAGCAGAGAAAAUGUGGUGGGUUUGGUUAAUUGUUGGUGUUGUGCUAGCCGUGCUCGUCAUUUUCGUCAUUACGCCACUCAUACUCAUCUGCUACAAGCGCAACUACUGGCGCUGGCAUCAGGUGCCCUUCGAAGCGCCCGCACCUGAAUUUGAAAUACUGCAGCGCUUGCUCGGUUUGCGGCCGACACUGGAAUGGGAGGAGCUGGAGCACUAUGAUUCACUGUAUCGCACUUUCAAGGGACGAAGUCCAUUUUGCGGUUUCUAUCGUCACCUGCAGCCGCGUGCACUCAUACUCGACCGCGAAUUGAUUAUGCAGAUACUGAUCAAGAACUUCUCGAAUUUCAACGAUCGCGGCAUCUACCACAACAGCAAAGACGAUCCGCUCUCUGCCGAUUUGUAUAGCCGACGCGGUAGCGAGUGGAAAGAGAUGCGUUUGCGACUAGAGCCGAUCUUCGGCAAAGAUGAAAUGCGCUACCUGUACGAUGGCUUGCGCGAUUCGUCCGCCGAGUGGCUGAAUGGUUUUGAUCAGCUGGUACGAGAUGAGCGCGCACACAGCGGUUACAUUGAAAUACGUACACAAAUGCGCCGCUAUGUGUUAGCCAGUUUGGCAGCGUGUAUAUUCGAUUUGAACGCGCAACGCCAGCAGAAAUAUCCGCUCGAUGUUUUCGAUGAUAUGACUCAGCUGGAAAGUACGACAUCACGUCAUAGUGAGUUUGCGAAUGCUGUUUUACGCCGCUACCCGCGGUUAAGUAAGAAACUCAAGCUGCGCACUACCUGUAAGGUGGUAGAAGACUAUUUCAUAGGGCUCAUCGACGAAGUAGUCACGGAGCGCGAAAAGAGUGGCAUCGAAAAGAAGGACUAUCUCCAACUGCUGAUCAACUUAAUGCAGCAGGAAUUGAGUACGCACGAAGUGCAAGAUCAAACAAUGAAAGAGCUUAGGGAACACUUAAUGGACGAGUUGGCAGCGCAUGCUAUUACGUUUCUUAAAGCCGGCUUACGUCCUACCACACACACUAUUACAUAUGUCUUAUAUGAGUUGGCUUUAAAUGAACCCAUACAGCAGCAGUUGCGUGACGAGGUGGAAGAAGCUUUGCAACGCCACAACAAGGAGCUCUCGUACGACUGCAUACGUGAGCUCAAGUUUCUGGGUCAAGUCAUAUCAGAGACCAUACGCAUGCACCCUAUUGUACCCUAUCUAAUACGACGCACACUCACCGACUUCCCCGUACCGAACAACAACAAAUAUACGCUACCCAAAAAUAUGUUCAUCAUAGUACCGACACAUGCCAUACACAACGAUGCCGAAUACUAUCCCGAGCCGUUCAUAUUCAAACCGGAACGCUUCGGUCGCGGUGACAACAAGCGACGCGACAUCUGUAUGUGGUUGGGCUUUGGCGAGGGUCCGCGCAGCUGCAUUGGUCUGCACUUCGCGCAGCUUAUGAUGCGCCUACUGAUAGCACAAUUGAUCACGCGUUACCACUUCAGUGUGGAUCGCACGCGUUUGAUGGUCAAACCACAGAAUGUGAUUAGACUGCGUGUGGAUCCGCUCAAUGAAGAGCCAGAGGGCAGGGAGGCUGAAGUGGUCAUUUAGCCGUAUGCCAUGUCAUUAUAAGGUUAUUUUACGUUUUUACAGGGUCCCUUAGUAGCAGAAAAUGAGCAUUAUUGUAAAUAUUUAUUUAUGCCUACGCCGAUUUAAGCCUUGAAAUAACACACCUUGAGUUUUGAGGAGGAAUGCAGUGUUAUAUGGUUAUUAAUUUCGAUUUUUUUAUUUGAAAUGCUUUAAUUAGGAGGUUAAACAACUGUUUGUAUGGAACAACAGUAUCCGAGAGUCUAGUUAGAGGCGGUGAGCAUUCCACUGCCGAGCAGUAUUGACUUAGAUUUAAGUGUAGAGACAGUUUGUAUCAGUUACAACAACAAUGUUAAUAAGAAAUGUAAAUAAAUGACAUACUAUUAUUACA